AUGCUACCAGCAAAUCGAGGUUGUUUCUGUUGUGAGCCUUCAGCUGCAAACUCCCAGGAGAUGCAGGAUCAGCAGCUUCCAGGGCAUGGUGUUGCCAGUUUGUCCAGCCUCUCCACGGAAGCCAGUCACUCAUUUCUGAUGCAUACUCAAGCAGGCUCCGCAAACAGAGCUGAUUUAACCCUUGGUGCGCAUGAAGCCAAUGGUGGCGGUCAGCAGAACAGUUGCACUGAUGGUUGGAAUGGUGCGUCAGGAAAUGACAUAUCUGAUGAGUUUGAAAUGGGACAGGGUUCAGGGUCACACAGAGUCUUCAGCUCCGUAAAUAAUCUCUCCAUCAGUGAUAAUAUCAGGAGUGAGGGAUGCUCGUGGAACUUCCAUGCCCUGCAGGAGCGGGAGUUGGGAGGUAAAUCCUUGCGAAUGCCAGUCGGUGGAACAGAACGGCUGCCUUCAGCUUCCGGUAUUUUGAGUUCAGGUGAAUACGGAGUAACCGUGGCUGGGGGUGUUUGUGAUAAGCUGGCUGCGGGUGCUGCAAACAAGAUCCGUGCCGAUGUUAUGGAUAUAGAUGGUGCUCUGGAUGAACUGGGUAUGCUCAGUUCGAUCACAAACAGCAGGAAGGAAUAUCUUUUGGAAACACGAAGCCAAGAUUCCUAUAUGAAACAGGAACGAAGACUUCACUCCAAAAGUAAGAGCUCUCCAAAUCUCACAGCGCUGAGUCAUCCUAAUGGUUAUCGUAUCAUCCAGAUGAAUCCGGAUUUUGUUACAGGACUUAGUAGUACAGUUCCUUUGCCAAGUCAAUCUUCCACUGCUUUGUCUAGUAAACCGCUUCCGAGGUCAGAUUUUUUCCGACAGAUGGAAUAUCGUGCUCCAAAUGUUCUUCAGGAGGCUUCAAGACGCCGGUCUGGUCCUCAGAUGUCACGCAUACACAAGGACCGGUACUUGUAUCGCCGAUCUCGGUGCCCGUAUAAAAUUCCAAAUAGACUCUGCACGUCUUUGCAGGAGCCCGAUUUUGGAGCCAGCUAUUUUGACACCUGCGCUAGUUCAUUUGAUACCUCAGUGUCGUCAUCUUCAUCAUUAUCGCUAGAACCAAGUGUAAACACAUUGUCUAUUGAGCUGGCAACUUGCCAGCAGCCAUCAGAAUCCAAGUCAAACUCAUCAUCACCUCUGAGACCCUUUGCGGACAUGAGACUAACAAGAUCUUUGUCUGCCGAAGACCUGGCCACCACAUGCAGACGUCUCAAACAGGAGUUCACUGACAAAUGUCGAGAAACUUCUAGUGCAGAGAAAAACUUAGAUAUGAUGACAUCUCAGAUGACAAAUCUUCAUAUGUCAUAA